UGCAACCAGAGCAGUCUCACUGGGGACUCCUCGGUGCCGAGCUCUCUGCCGCUGUCCUCUCUUCCUCAGCCGCUGGCCUCUUUUCCAGCUUCCUGCCCUCGGCUCUCCUCCCUCUCGCGGUCCCUGACUCGCCCUGUGGAUUCCUUUACCCGUGGCUCUCUGACAAACCGCAGAACAGUGCUGUCGUGACUCGCCAGCGGCCACUGCAAGAAGAGGAGAGAGAGAGAGAGAGAGAGGGAGCAAUCGAUCACGCCGACACAGAGGAGAGGCUCUCGGCGCAGGGACAUUAAGCUGGAGCCACGUUUAUUUCCUCGUCAUUUUACUUUGGAAGGACAUUCUCUCGGUCCCUCUCUCUUGUGGGAGUUUUCCAAAACAUUUCAGAUCCACCUUUUCUCCUGGAUUCUAACUGAGCGGAGAGUUUCUCAGCGAUCAAGGACUCUUCUUCCCGCCCGUCCUGCUCUCUGGAGCGUGACCGCGUUCGAACAAGAAGUUCAAUGUUUACCAAAUAAUCGAUCUGCAUUCUGAAUGAUCAUGCUGGACACCAACCACUGCCUGUCCUUCGAGCCCUCCCCCCUGGACUCUCCUCCAAUGGCGGACGACUUGGAGAAGGCAGGACUGAAGAUGGAUAAUGACAGACUUGUCUAUCACAGUCUGAAAGAAGUCCUCCAGCUCAAGCUUCAGCAGAGACGGACACGAGAGGAGCUGGUCAGCCAAGGGAUCAUGCCACCACUGAAGAGCCCGGCAGCCUUUCACGAACAGCGGAGGAGUCUGGAGCGAGCGCGGACCGAGGACUACCUGAAGAGGAAGAUCCGGUGUCGCCCGGAGCGCUCGGAGCUGGUCAGGAUGCACAUCCUGGAGGAGACGUCGGCGGAGCCGUCCCUGCAAGCCAAGCAGCUGCAGCUCAAGCGGGCGCGCCUGGCGGACGACCUCAACGACAAGAUCUCCCACCGGCCGGGUCCCAUCGAGCUGGUGCACAAGAACAUCCUGUCCGUCGGCGUCCCACCGCAGCACUCGCCCCUGGACUCGCCGAAGGGAGCCGGAGGAGAGAGUUCGUCUUUAGACGAGGACAGCAGCGACGCGCUCUCGCCCGAUCAGCUGACCAAUCACGACUCUCCGCUCAGUGCCGUCCCCCAGCUGUCCCCCUCCGACGUGCUGUCCCCGGGCGGGGACAUUUCACCCACACAGUUCCUCACGCAGCCCCCUCCGCCGCCUCCCCCGCCGCCGCCGCCACUCCCACAAUUCAACGGUUCAGACUCCUCUCCUCUCCCCAAAAUGACAAAUGGGACAAUUUUGACCUCCCGGCCUCCUGGACAGGUCAAGUCUCAGGCUAAGACGAGUUCGGACCGUCCUCCGCACAGAUCGAAGAAAGCAAAGGACAACAAACCCAAGGUGAAGAAGCUGAAGUACCACCAGUACAUCCCUCCGGACCAGAAGGCCGACAAGGAGCGCCCGCCCGCGAUGGACUCGUCCUACGCCAAGCUGCUGCAGCAGCAGCAGCUCUUCCUGCAGCUGCAGAUCCUCAGCCAGCAGCAGCAGCACUACAACUACCACACCAUCCUGCCCGCCCCGCCCAAGCCGCAAACGGAUCAGGCGCCCGCCGCCAACUCGGGUCCCUCGCCGUCGCGCAGCAUCCACUCCGCCAGCGCCCCCGCCACCCCCGCCGGGCAGAGCGGAGCUGCCCGCCAGAGCCAGGCGGCCCCGGGAGGAGCCAAGCCGGCCGCCCUGCCGGCCAACCUGGACGAGUUCAAGGUCGCCGAGUUGAAACAAGAACUGAAAUUGCGUGGCUUGACCGUUUCGGGCACCAAGAACGACCUCCUCGAGAGGCUCCGCAACUACCAAGAGCAAAAUGGCGGCAUGGCAGCGAUAGUGAGGAACGGAACGGGUCAGCCGGGCGCCGCUGUUGCCGCCGUCGGCAUCAGCACAUCUCCUCCGGCCACAGUUCCGGGACACGACCAGCAGCCGGCCGAGAGCGGCUUCAAGCUGGCGCUGUCCUCGUUGGCUCAGGCGGUGCCGGGCCGGGUGAUGCGGUUUGGAAGCACCAGCUCCAGCCCCCCGGUGUCACCGACGCCGUCCGAGAGGUCAUUGGCCGGGAUGAGCCCCGACGAAACCAGCUGCAGCGGAGACAUGUUUGGAGAGAUGGUGAGCUCUCCCCUGACUCAGCUCACCCUCCACCCGUCUCCUCAGCAGCCCACCGGCGCCUCCCCUCUCUCACAGCCGCUCUCUGCGGUGAAAGAGGAGAGCCAGAGCUCCUGCGGUCUGUCCCAGCCUUCGCCGGCGGCCGUCCAGGCCGCAGAGCCGCCGUCCGGAGUGGCCAUGGACACGUCCUGCAUGGACAAAGACCAGAUGCUCCAAGAGAAAGACAAGCAGAUCGAGGAGCUGACGAAAAUGCUGAGGCAGAAGCAGAGGCUGGUGGAGACCCUCAGGUCCCAGCUGGAGCAGGGCAAGGCGGGGGGUGGCGUGGUGGUGAAGAAGGAAGGAAGUGAGAAAAGCAGGACGUCCUCGGAGGUGAAGCUUCAGACGCUGAUAAAAGCCUCGGCUGUUCAGCCUGCGUCGCUCCCUAACACCAUCGUGCUGACGGUGAAGAAAGAGGCCGAGCCCGAGGAGGACAUGGAGGGAGUAACGGAGGAGACCCCGGCGAAGAAGGCGGCCCAGCCGAUGCAGUGCUCCCAGGAGACCCUGCUCAGGCUGCAGCAGAUCCACCGGCUGCAGGUUCAGCAAGCCGAACAGCAGAAGCAGCAGCCGCAGAAAGUCUCAGAGGCCAAGGUGGCGCCUCAAAAACAGCAGCAGCAGCAGCAGCAGAAGAAGGACGCCCAGAUCCUGCUGCAGCAGCAGCAGCAGCUGCAGCAGCUCAUCAUCCAGCAGACCCAGCAGAAGCAGCUGCAGGCGCAGCAGAAGCUGGCCCAGCUGAAACAGAGGCCGGCCCAGCUUCAGCAGAAGAGCCCUGUCCAGCUCAAGCAGAUCCAAGUGCAGAUUCAGAACCAGGCCAGUCUGAAGCCCGCGGCAAACCCGACCCAGCAGAGGAAGCAGCAGAGGCAGCAGCUGAAGCAGCAGCAGCCGGCGGCCGCCACCACGCAACAGGUGACUCCGGUCAUCAUCAACCAGCAGAACGGCUCUUCCCUCCACACCCAGGCCAUCUCUUUAGACCUGCUGAAGGCCAACGGCACGCCCACCCUGGUGACCGACAGCAACGGGAACCACUACCUGAUCGCUCUCACCAGCCACGCGCCGGACGGGCAGAACGGAGUGUCCUCAUUGGCCAAAACCAACGGGCGAAUCACCCUGCAGAGGUUGCAGUCAACGCCCAGUAAACUCCCCAGCACUGUCAGCCAAUCCAAAGAGCAGCCGGAGGCCGAGCCGGUGAAGCAGCCAGUGAAAAAGGGCCAGAAACCGGGGCUCCACCUGGACACAAACGGCGCCCCCCCGCCCGGCCAGUCGGCCACCGCUCCGCCCAGCCUGCAGCCGUUCUUCGAUGACGCCUCGGACGCCGAAAGCCAAAGCAGCUUGAUUUCGUCCCUGAAGAGAGAGGAGGUGUGUCCGCCGUACGACCGGCACACGCUCUUCACCCCUCCCUCUCCCAAACCCACCACCUCCCCUCCUCCUCAGCGCUCCACACAGGAGAACGGGGUGAACAGCCAGCAGAUGGACGACCUGUUCGACAUCCUGCUGAAGAGCGGAGAAAUCCCCGGCUUCAAGGCCAACCCGGACCCCUCCCUCGCCCCGCUUCACUCGGACCCCCCCUCCCCGUCAGCCGCCACGUCCCCCCUCCACCUCUCCCCCCCCACGCCCACGGAGCCCCUCGUGUCCCCGCAGCCCGCCGUGCCGUCGCCCUGCGUGGACGGCGGGCGACUGGAGGACUUCCUGGAGGGCUCGACGGCCCCCCCGCUGCUGGGCAUGGACCCCAACGGCGGCCUGGCGCUGUUCGACGACCUCCACAGCCAGAUGCUGAGCGCGCCCAGCAUCCUGGACCACCCCCCCUCCCCCAUGGACACGUCCGACCUGGGCUUCUCAGAGGGGGUGGACUUCGGCGACCCCGCCCUGGACAGCAUGGACUGGCUGGACAUCUCCAUGGUGGGGAGCGGCGGCGGAGGGGGCGGGAGCGCCGGCGGCGGGAGAGGAGGGGGGAGCGGAGGCGGGGGCGGGGCCGGAGACGGGGGCACGAGUCUGGGCCCGCUGGCGCCGCACACGCCGCCCAGCGUCUUCUCGGCCGACUUCCUGGACAGCACGGACCUGCAGCUGCACUGGGAGUCGUGUCUGUAGCCGGCGCGCUCGCGCUCACACGCACACGCGGUCGCUCACACUGUGUACAGGCUCUGUCUUCAAUCACUGCACAGAUACCUUCACCGGCACAUGCAGUCGCACGCACACUCGCAUUCACUUCACCCCGUCUUCGGCUGUUACUGCGGACCGGGCCGGCGGACAGAGACGCAGGAGACGCAGGAGCUCGUUUCAUACAAAGGACUUGAACGUGGUGGAACUGAAGUGGACUUCUUGAAUUUAGCUCGUCCCAGCCGACUGCUUCUCGCCCGUUUUCCUCUGUCCCGGCCCGCGUUACAUAACCGGGGUCAGUCACUAGCUGUAGGUCACCAAAACAUAUUUCGGUCCGACUGGUUCGAGUCCCUCUCGGGCUCGAGUGUCAGUGCCUCCUGAACUUUGCACUUAUGCUGAAUCUGAUUGGUUUAAAGGAGGGCGUUCAGGUCCCCGGCCCCAUCUCGGUGUGUGUUGGAGAGAAACAAAGGCAGCUGUGGCCGGCCUCAACACCACAACCUGAACCCCGCCCGCACUAGUCAUGAAAAAAAAAAAAAAAACAAACCUUCACUGGUUGAGUGUUGCUGUUGAAAUGAACCAUAUCAGUGGCAACAGUUUGAAUAGAAGCCUUAUUGGAGGCUGCGUAUUAUUGGUAACAUUAUGGUAGACCACUAUGUAUUGCUGUAUAUGGGGUGUAUAUUAUCGAUUGUCCAUAUGACUAUUUUUCUUUGCUGGCUGCUUUUGAGUUGAGCCCGCCAGCGGGGAACACGGGCUGAGGGCGGGGCUUCCAAAACACUUGGACCUUGUCUUUUUUUUUUUAAAAAAGAAAAUAAA